AUGAAAAAUAGUCUAUGCGAAACGGACAUUGACGAAGUCUACAAUCAACGUGAAGAUUAUGUUUUCCAGGCCACAAAAACAAAAAUGAAGAAGCGAGAAAAAGAAGACGAGGAAGGUCUUCUUUACAGGAAAACAUAUGCAGCAGGAUCAUCAACAGUACUCAUUGGAGAUCACGACUCGGAUUCAGAAGAAACGUCUACAUCAUCCACAUACCCAUCUUCAGAUCUAUCAUUCUCUCCAUGGCCUCACGUAUUCAAUCUGGCAAAUUGUAUAAUUGGAGUAUCAGUUCUAGCAAUGCCUUAUGUAUUUCAACAGUGUGGAAUUCUUCUAGCCGCUAUCAUGAUUGCGUUGUGUGCAGUUUUAACAAAACUGACGUGUCACUUCUUGGCUCAAGCCGCGUUUAAUACCAGAACAACAUCUUAUGAAAGUCUUGCAAUGGCAACUCUUGGACCAAGCGGUCGAAGAUUUGUGGAAUUGUGUCUCUUGGUGUUUUUGGUUUCAUCAAUUGUCGCGUUCAUUGUGGUUAUUGGAGAUAUUGGACCACAUUUAGUCGCAGAGUUUCUGGAAUUAGAAGCACCGACACAGAGGCUUAGGAUUCUGGUUAUGAUCGUCGUUGUUGUCUUCAUAAUUCUCCCACUCUCCUUCAUUGAUGAUCUCAAGAAGUUCUCAGUCAUCAGCUCCCUUGCCUGCCUAUUUUAUUUUCUUUUCGCCGGACGAAUGAUGCUCGAAUCACUUCCAACAAUCUACGAAGGAGAAUGGAGUAUCCACGUGGUUUGGUGGAGACCUCAAGGAUUUCUGACAUGUCUUCCGAUCGUUUGUAUGGCAAUGUGUUGUCAGACACAACUGUUUCCAGUUAUUUCAUGCAUAAAAGACGCCACGACCGAUCGUGUCGACUACGUAGUAUCCAACUCGAUCAAUAUUUGUGCAGCAAUGUAUGCAGCUGUUGGAGUUUUUGGAUACGUCGCAUUUUAUUCGCACGAACUUCACGGUGAUGUUCUUGUUCAAUUUCCACCAACCAUCGUGACACAGUCACUGAAAUUGGCAUUUUUAUUGUCAAUUGCUGUCUCGAUACCACUGAUGAUGUUCCCGGCGAGAACUGCAUUGUUUUGUUUGAUAUUGAGAGAUAAAGAGAGCAUAUCGCAUACAGUCGACCUGGAAAAGUUCACAUUCCAUCUUCUAACAGCAGUUAUUUUAAUAUUCAAUACAAUUCUGGCUAUUCUGACACCAAAUGUUGAAUUUAUUCUCGGACUGACUGGUGCAUUCAUCGGAUCUCUCGUUUCAACAAUUCUUCCAUCCACUAUUUACAUUGCGAAUCAAUCAUCGGAAACUCAGAAUCGAGCGAGAAAAGUGGGCGGAGCGACGACAUCUACUGCGAGAUUAUGUCUUGUCAUUGGAUUGUUUAUUCUUGUUGCAAGUACUGCUGCUAUUCUAAUGGCUGAAAAGAAGACGUCAGUUGUGGAGAAACCAAAAGCAAAAGAUGAUACAUCUGGAGAGCUGAGAAAUGAAGAGUUGAAAUCAUUGGAGAGUUUAGAGGAAAAAGUUCUAGAUGCCAACUUGAAUAUUUCAGCGAAACUGGAUGAUAUAUCAGAAUUAGCAGCAAAAGGAAAUGAUACAGAAGCAGUGAAAAUGUUGGUUGAAAUGAAGGAACAGCAGAAGAUUCAACAGCAAUUAAUAGAGCGACAAGAGCAAAUCGUGGCUCAGUUGAAUAAGAAAACUGAGAAUUUAGCUAAUCUAACUAUAGACGAAGUGACAGUUCCAAUAACUCCUCCAGUUGAGAAAGUCGAAGAAAAACCUGUAGAAAAUUUGGAAAAGUCGACAGAGAAGAUCGAGAAAACGGAGAAACCGACCGAAGCUAUAAAUAUCGAAACUUGA